AUGGCCGUCGCCACAGCGAUUGGGUUUUUGACGCCCUUGAAUGGCAAGUUGGAGGAAAAGGGCAACUCGAUUCCCAAAAUACCCCUCUCCAAAGGCAUUACAUAUGUCGGCCGCGAUUGCAUUCCGAUCACCGACAAGCGCCUCAGCCGGCAGCAUAUUGCCGUCAGUGUCUCCGAUGACGGCUCCGCUGACAUCAUUGUUGAAGGGACGAACCCGGUAGUCGUAAGAUCACAAGGUGAGAGGAAGAAGCUUUUGUCUGGAGAAAAGCAGAAAAUUCAAACUGGGGAUGUUAUAGAGUUAUUGCCUGGUCAUUACUUUUUCAAAGUCGAAAUUUUAUCAUCUAUUACUAGACAAAAAAGGCCUUUUGAUGAUGGAAAUGGUAAAGGUAAAGAGCUUGCAUGUAGUAGGAAGCGAUUGCAAAAGUUUUCACAGGAGCAGACACUUGUUGAAAAUUCAAAUUGUAAUGAUGAAGACUCAAACACUUCCUCCGAGGGUAUAAGGCAUUUCCAAGUUCCUAAAGAUAAGCUGCCGCUGACUUUUAGGCUAUUGAGAGUGAAAGGAUUGCCAGAGUGGGCAAAUACGAAUGCUGUUUCCAUUAGUGAUGUGAUUCAGGGUGAUGUUCUCUUUGCCGUCCUUUCAAAUUAUAUGGUCGAUAUUGACUGGCUACUUUCUGAAUGUCCAAUGCUUAGAAGAGUCCUGCAUGUGCUAGUUGUCCAUGGGGAAGGUGACGGUACCCUCGAGUACAUGAAGAGAAAUAAGCCUUCUAACUGGAUUCUCCACAAACCUCCACUGCCCAUUUCAUACGGAACACAUCAUUCAAAGGCCAUGCUUCUUAUCUAUCCACGAGGAGUGCGAGUCAUUGUGCAUACAGCAAACUUGAUAUAUGUUGACUGGAACAACAAAUCCCAAGGUUUGUGGAUGCAAGAUUUUCCAUGGAAGGAUCAAAACAGUACAAGUAGUGGGUGUGGAUUUGAAAAUGACCUGGUCGAGUAUCUGAGCGCAUUGAAGUGGCCUGAAUUCAAUGCCAACUUACCAGGCAUCGGUAGCUUCAAUAUAAAUCCCUCUUUCUUCAAGAAAUUUGAUUACAGCUCUGCCAUGGUGAGGCUUAUUGCUUCAGUCCCAGGAUACCAUUCUGGCUCGAGCCUAAGGAAAUGGGGACAUAUGAAGUUACGAACUGUUCUUCAAGAGUGUACCUUUGAGAAUCAGUUUGAGAAAUCUCCACUUAUUUAUCAGUUUUCUUCACUAGGUUCGUUGGAUGAGAAAUGGAUGACUGAGCUGGCAUCUUCCAUGUCAGCAGGUAUGACCGAAGACAAAAGGCCUUUGGGUCCCGGUAAACCCUUGAUCGUAUGGCCAUCUGUGGAGGACGUCAAAUCUUCCUUAGAGGGCUAUGCAGCUGGAAAUGCAAUUCCAAGCCCACUAAAAAAUGUAGAGAAAGAAUUCCUCAAAAAGUAUUGGGCAAAGUGGAAAGCUGGCCACACAGGUCGCUGUCGUGCGAUGCCUCAUAUAAAGACAUUCACACGCUACAAUGGGCAAAAUCUCGCAUGGCUACUGCUGACCUCAUCGAACCUCAGCAAAGCUGCCUGGGGAGCUCUGCAGAAGAAUAACUCUCAGUUAAUGAUCCGUUCAUAUGAGCUGGGUGUACUAUUCUUGCCUCUACACAAGGAAUAUCGAUGUGGCUUUUCAUGCACAGAUGGCGCACAAAACUCAAAGGAUAUAUCGACUUCUCAAACAAGUUCUGAAGUGAAACGAACAAAACUUGUGACCCUGUCUUGGAAAAGUAACCAAAAUAACCAAUCAUGUGAAGUUGUUCGAUUGCCCGUGCCUUAUGAACUUCCUCCAAGACCUUACUCUUCGGGAGAUAUACCCUGGUCCUGGGAUCGACGGUAUACAGAGAAGGAUGUAUAUGGCCAAGUUUGGCCAAGGCAGAAUAUUGAAGCUUUGAUGUUAAUGGACUGUACACUUCCGUCUUUCAAUCGAAGCAGUGGUUUAUUCGGCGGCCAAAGGAUCAGUCAUCGAACACCCUUUGCUUAUCAUCAGAGAGGAGCAUUUCGUUGCGCUACAACUUGUUCAAUGAAGACCUAUAAGCUGUCAGAUCUUAGCAGGUCUGAGGUUAUUAGCCUUAAAGCUCGCCCUCGGAUUGAUUUCCGAUCGAUUUUUGAAGUGGUUGAGCCCAUUAUUGAUGAUGUGCGGAGUAGAGGUGAUGCUGCUGUCAAGGACUAUACACUGAAGUUUGACAAAGUUGAACUAAACAGCAUCGUUGAGAGUGUGAAUGACUUUCCGAAUCCAGCGCUUGAUCCUUCUGUUCAAGAAGCGUUUGAUGUGGCGUACGACAACAUUUUUGCUUUCCAUGCUGCACAAAAACCGGUUGAGCAGUUUGUGGAGAACAUGGAAGGUGUUCGAUGCAAAAGAGUAGCACGGAGUAUUUCUUCUGUGGGUCUUUAUGUUCCUGGUGGCACUGCUGUAUUACCUUCAACAGCCCUGAUGCUGUCAGUUCCUGCACAAAUUGCUGGGUGCAAAACCAUUGUACUCGCAACUCCUCCUGCUCAAGAUGGUAGCAUUUGUAAGGAGGUUCUUUAUUGCGCAAAGAAAGCUGGUGUUACUCAUAUUCUUAAAGCUGGAGGUGCUCAGGCAAUUUCAGCUAUGGCAUGGGGAACUGAUUCUUGCCCUAAGGUUGAAAAGGUAUAUGGGCCUGGAAAUCAGUAUGUGACUGCUGCAAAAAUGAUUCUCCAGAAUAGCGAAGCUAUGAUUUCAAUAGACAUGCCUGCUGGACCAUCAGAAGUACUUGUCAUUGCUGAUAAACAUUCAAGUCCUGUUCACAUAGCUGCAGAUUUGCUUUCCCAGGCUGAGCAUGGCCCUGAUAGCCAAGUUGUUCUUGUAGUUUCUGGAGAAGGUGUCGAUAUAAAUGCGAUUGAGGAUGAAAUCAAUAAGCAAUGCAAUAGCCUUCCACGGGCAGAGUUUGCUUCCAGAGCACUAAGCCACAGCUUUAUUGUUCACGCUCGUGAUAUGGUUGAGGCAAUUGCCUUUUCGAAUCUCUAUGCACCUGAGCAUUUAAUAAUCAACGUGAAAGAUGCUGAAAAGUGGGAAUCGUUCGUUGAGAAUGCAGGUUCUGUAUUUUUGGGUCAGUGGACACCUGAGAGUGUUGGGGAUUAUGCAAGCGGCACAAAUCACGUUCUUCCAACAUAUGGUUACUCACGAAUGUAUGGUGGAGUGUGUUUAGAUUCGUUCUUGAAGUACAUUACAGUUCAGUCAUUGACAGAAGAAGGGCUGAGGAACCUCGGGCCUUAUGUAGCUACUAUGGCUGAAGUCGAGGGACUUGAUGCCCACAAGCGAGCCGUAACCCUUAGACUACAGGACAUUGAAGCUAAAGCAAGCACAUCUUUUCCCAAAUAA